GGUGGCUGGAAUGCGGUCGUCCAGGUGACCCGAGGAAUCCGCUGGAGAAAGAGGGCCGCGCAUGCGUAUGGCGGAGCGCUGAAGCCCAUUGCCCUCAGGGCGCCUACGGGCGCCGGGGCAAGCGGUACUGUCCCGCGCAGGGUCGGUGCCCGGACUCUGGCCUGGCUCGGUUGGUCCCAGGUGGCGCUGGGAGCCGUCGAGGGCGUAGCAGGGGCGGGUUGCGGACUUUGAGCUACACUUCUCUGUCCUGCCAGUCUCGGGAGAAGGUGGCUCGCCGAGUCGGCGGCCAAUAAUGUGGCCGUCUUGCUGGUCUCAGCUGGCACGUCACUUCCGACUAGUUGAGUUUUAGGCUUUUAACAUUCAAGGAUUAGCUCAGUCCUGCUUUGGGCUUCGGAUAUUCCUUACCUUGUCCCUCCUAGGCGGGAUUUAUGGAAAUUAUCUGCUGUCUCCGCUGGAGUGGGAGCCUCAAAAGAGCUGGUACUGCGACUCUGCUGCUCACCUUUGCAUCCUCGGCUCCUCGCUCGGGGCCCGACCGCAGUGAGCGCGCCUUGAACUCGGGUUCUGAAUGCGAGAGAAUCCCGUCUUUUUCCAGUUUGGGAGCUGUGACUUGAGUUUCUCCGCAGGAGUAUAUAGUGCUUGUAUGGAGACUCCUGAUUCCUGCGUUAUAACCUCCUUACUUUCCUCUCCUGUUGCUGGAAGCUUCGCAGGAUCACACUCUCUGCAGUAUUUCUACUCAGUUGUGUCUGAACCGGGCCCAGGAGUCCCUUCAUUUAUGGCUUUUGGCUUCGUGGACAACCAGCCCUUCAUUCGCUAUGACAGUGAAGAGAUGAAGGCAAAGUCUUGUGUUCACUGGUUGAGGGAGGAGCCAAGUUACUUUGAUGAUGAGACCAAGAUCUUCACAAGUCGGAUGAAGAUUUUCCACUUAAGUCUGAGGAAUGUGCAGCGAUAUUACAACCAAACCAAGGAGGAUGGUCUGAACAGAGCACUGGCAAAAAAGCAAACAAGUCCCCACACCCUCCAGUUCACCUACGGCUGUGAGCUCCUGGAGGACGGCAGGACCACGUGGCAUUGGCAGUAUGGCUGUGACGGUGAGGACUACCUGAGCUUGCAUAUGGACCCUCUGCAGUACACAGCAGCCACGUUCAUUGCUCAAUACACCAAACAAAAAUGGGAGGCCGGUGGGAACUACGUAGAGAGAGACAAGAACUACUUGGAGAAGGAGUGCAUCCUGUGGUUGAGGAGAUACUUGACGUUUGGAGGGGAGACCUUGAACCGCACUGAGCCCCCCAAAACAUACAUUACUCACCACCGCAUCUCUAACCGUGAGGUCACCCUGAGGUGCUGGGCCCUGGGCUUCUACCCUGCGGAGAUCUCACUGACCUGGCAGCGCAAUGGGGAGGACCAGACCCAGGACAUGGAGCUUGUGGAGACCAGGCCUUCAGGAGACGGAACCUUCCAGAAGUGGGCGGCCCUGGUGGUGCCUUCUGGAGAGGAGCAGAGAUACACGUGUCAUGUGCAGCACGUGGGGCUUCAGGAGCCCCUCACCCUGAGAUGGGAACCUCUGAAGAUCUCCGUUCCCAUCACAGGCAUCGCUGUUAGCCUGGUUCUCCUCAUGGUCCUGAGAGCUGUGAUCGGGAUGAAGAAGCGCUCAGGAUAUUAUCACUCUCCAAGUUAGAAAAAUAGAAUCUACUCUCAGACUGCAAUCUAAGAGAAUGGCUUUGUCUGGAACUGAGUGAUACAAGUAGAACCUUGUCUCAUCAAGACCUGUGAUCACAAGGACUGAGCCAUCAGCUGAACCUUGUCUUGUCUUCUGGACUGUGGCCAGUGAGGACCUUAUGUGGCCGGGUCAACCAGGGCUUAGGACUGGGUCUGGUCCUCAGUCCUCGUCUUUUAGGGGCUGAGUCAGCACAUUCAGGAACAAAAUUCGUGAUGUCAUUCUAAACUGAAUUACAUACAGGAACCACUGCUCUGUUGCUGGGCACAGUUGCCUUUUUCACAACGUCACCCCUGAUGCUAAGACUCAACUAUGUGGCUAGAACUAUCACUAUUGCUCUUGGCAACUGAAUGUCACUACUGCCACUCACCACCUUUGCCAAAAGCCUUGAGCACACACCGAGCAAAUAUGGGUCAUUAUGUCCUGAGCCACAACUCAGCAUGUGUCAUGUAACUAAGAGUUCCUCAUCUUUCCCAGCUGUAUAUUUGGGGAACUGAGUUUUCCUCUCUCUCAUGGAAGGAUGUAGUCUGUCUUUCAAGACUCUUUCAUGUUGGAGCUGAUAUCACAGAAAUACAAAGGAGUAUGAAAGACGACUAUGAAUGAUUAUACAGAAAACAAACUGGAGGAACUAGAAGAAGUGGAUGAACACAACCUACCAAGACAGAAUCAUGAAGAAACAGAGUAGCUGAACAGGUCAAUAACAGGUAAGAAGACUGAAUCAAUAAUCAAAAACCUCCCAGCGCAUGGGAAAGCUCGACAGCUUCAUGUAAAUCAAUGAAAUUAGAGCAUUCUCUCAUGACAUAUGCAAAAAUAAAUUUAAAAUGGUUUAAAGAACUAAGUGCAAUACUUGACACCAUACGUCUCUUAGAAGAGACUAUAAGCAAAACAUGCUGCUGCUGCUGCUAAGUCACUUCAGUCGUGACCAACUCUGUGUGACCCCAUAGACAGCAACCCACCAGGCUCUGCCGUCCCUGGGAUUCUCCAGGCAAGAACACUGGAGUGGGUUGCCAUUUCCUUCUACAAAGCAUGAAAGUGAAAAGUGAAAGUGAAGUCGCUCAGUCGUGUCCGACUCCAUGGACUGCAGCCUACCAGGCUCCUCUGUCCAUGGGAUUUUCCAGGCAUGAGUACUGGAGUGGGGUGCCAUUGCCUUCUCCGAUAAGCAAAACAUACUUGGGCAUAAAUCAUAGCAGUAUUUUCUUAGAUUAGUCUGUUCAGUUCAGUCGCUCAGUCGUGUCUGACUCUUUGCAACCCCAUGAACCACAGCAUACCAGGCCUCCCUGUCCAUCACCAACUCUGGAGUUUACUCAAACUCAUGUCCAUUGAGUCGGUGAUGCCAGGGAGGCUUGGUGUGCUAUGGUUCAUGGCGUCGCAAAGAGUCAGACAACUAGUCUUUUCCAAUGAGUCAGCUCUUUGAAUCAGGUGGCCAAAGGAUUGGGAAUUUCAGCUUCAGCAUCACUCCUUCCAAUGAACACCCAGGACUGAUCUCCUUUAGGAUGGACUGGUUGGAUCUCCUUGCAGUCCAAGGGACUCUCAAGAGUCUUCUUCAACAGCACAGUUCGAAAGCAUCAAUUCUUCAGUGCUCAGUUUUCUUUAUAGUCCAGCUCUCACAUCCAUACAUGACUACUGGAAAAACCAUAGCCUUGACUAGACGGACCUAUGUUGGCAAAGUAAUGUCUCUGCUUUUUAAUAUGCUGUCUAGGUUGGUCGUAGCUUUCCUUCCAAGGAGUAAGCGUCUUUUAAUUUCAUGGCUGCAGUCACCAUCUGCAGUGAUUUUGGAGCCCCCAAAAAUAAAGUCUGACACUGUUUCACUGUUUCCUCAUCUAUUUGCCAUGAAGUAAUAGGACCAGAUGCCAUGAUCUUAGUUUUCUGAAUGUUGAGCUCUAAGACAACUUUUUCACUCUCCUCUUUUACUUUAUCAAGAGGCUCUUCAGUUCUUCUUUGCUUUCUGCCAUAAGGGUGGCGUCGUCUGCAUAUCUGAGGUUAUUGAUAUUUCUCCUGGCAAUCUUGUUUCCAGCUUCUGCUUCUUCCAGCACUGUUUCUCAUGAUAUACUCUGCAUAUAAGUUAAAUAAGCAGGGUGACAGUAUACAGCCUUGAUGUACUCCUUUUCCUAUUUGGUACCAGUCUGUUGUUCCAUGUCCAAUUCUAGCUGUUGCUUCCUGACCUGCAUACAGGUUUCUGAAGAGGCAGGUCAGGUGGUCUGGUAUUCCCAUCUCUUUCAGAAUUUUCCACGGUUUAUUGUGAUCCACAUAGUCAAAGGCUUUGGCAUAGUCAAUAAAGCAGAAAUAGAUGUUUUUCUGGAACUCUCUUGCUUUUUCGUGAUCCAGCAGAUGUUGGCAAUUUGAUCUCUGGUUCCUCUGCCUUUUCUAAAACCAGCUUGAACAUCUGGAAGUUCACAGUUCACGUAUUGCUGAAGCCUGGCUUGGAGAAUUUUGCGCAUUACUUUACUAGCGUGUGAGAUGAGUGCAAUUGUGUGGGACCUAAUCAAACUUAAAAGCUUUUGGAUAACAAAGGAAACCAUCAAUGAAAUGAAAAAGAUAGCCUGCAGAAUGGGAGAAAAUAUCUGCAAAGGAUAUGAUUGACAAGAAGUUAGUAUACAAAAUAUACAAACAACUCAUACAACUCAGUAUCAUAAAACAAAUUCCCAACCGAAAAAUAAGCAGAAGACAUUUCUCCAAAGAAGACAUACAGGCUUCCCUGGUUGUCCAGCAGUUAAGAAUCCACCUUGCAACAUGGGGGCCACCUGUUUGAUCUCCGGUCCAAGAAGAUCCCACAUGCCACGGAGCAACUAAGCUGGUGUGCUGCAACUACUGAGCCCACACAUCCUGGAGCCGGUGCUCCACAACAAGAGGAGCUACUGCAAUGAGAAGCCCAAGCACCGCAGCUAGAGAGUAGCCCUGAUUACACAACAAACAAUUCAGUUUAAACUCUGUGAAAGUGAAGUCGCUCAGUCAUGUCUGACUCUUUGCAACCCCAUGGACCCCCUGUAACCUACCAGGUUCCUCCGUCCACGGGAUUUUCCAGGCAAGAAUACUGGAGUGUGUUGCCAUUUCCUUCUCCAGGAGAUCUUCCCGACCCAGGGAUUGAACCUCGGUCUCCUGCACUGUAGGCGGACGCCUUACCGUCUGAGCCAUCAGGGAAGUCACUCUGUACUAGGGAUUAUAAACUGUGUACUAGGGGUUAUAUAACAAUAAUGUAUCCUGCUUGAGGACAGUUUCUCCUUCCUGAAAACCUGACUAAUCCUGAUAUCUUAAAAUGUAUAUUAUGGGAGUGGGUCUGGUAGGAUCUUGCUAUUGUUAAGUUCUAAUCCUGUUAUCCUAAAAUGUAAGUUGUAGGAGUGGGUCUGGUAAAAUUUUUACAAGCUUGAGACAUUCUUUUGAUUUAUUGUAAUAACUAAUUUUAAAAGUAUAUAUUCCUUUUAAUGGCUGAGUAAUAUUCCAUUGUGUAUAUGUACCAUAGCGUUCUUAUCCAUUUGUCUGCUGAUGGGCAUCUAGGUUGCUUCCAUGUCCUGGCUAUUAUAAACAGUGCUGUGAUGAACACUGGGGGAGGGAGGUGAGAGGGGGACUCAGAAUGGGGAACACAUGUAAAUCCAUGGCUGAUUCACAUCAAUGUAUGGAAAAACCACUACAAUAUUGUAAAGUAAUUAGCCCCCAACUAAUAAAAAUAAAUGAAAAAAAAAAAAAGUAA